CGCCCAUCUCACCCCUCCUCGACCAAAUCGCAUCAUCUGGGCUCGAGUUUCAUCGCAGGAGCCGGAGACUGUGCCACAGGGAAUUAUGGCCGCCGGAGAAAAGGAUUCCGGCGGCGGUAGCCAUCACCUUUCGACGCAGAAGCGCGGCGCGCAGUACCUGGCAAAGUAUGUAUUUCGUGGUGGUGCGGUCAUCCACGCUGUUCAAGGCCAUCUCCGCUCUCCCACCUCCGAUGACAUCGUAUUCGGGAAGGAAACAUCAUUGGAGAUGGUGAUAGUUGAUGAAGAUGGAAUUGUGCAAUCAGUUUGCGAGCAACCUGUAUUUGGGAUUAUAAAAGAUCUUGCCAUCUUAGGAUGGAAUGAUAAAUUUAGGCAAUCAAGGCCACAGAUGAUAGGAAAAGAUCUAUUGGUGGUUCUUUCAGAUUCAGGAAAGCUUUCUUUUCUUGCCUUCUCCUUUGAGAUGCACAGGUUUCUUGUUUUGAACCAUAUACAAUUGUCCAAGCCAGGAAAUUCGAUACAUCAUCUCGGAAGAAUGCUGGCUGUUGAUCCGGAUGGCUCUUUUAUUGCAGCUAGCGCAUAUGAAGACCAAUUUGCUUUAUUUUCUAUGUCCACACAUCUUGGAGACAGCAUUGUUGAUGAGAAAAUGUUCUAUCCACCAGAAAACAAAGAUGAAACAAGUUCUGUGAAGGAUACUGUGAAGACAAACAUUUGCGGCACAAUUUGGAGCAUUUGCUUCGUUUCUCAUGGCACCGAUCAUUCAAGCAAGGGGUUUUAUCCCAUAAUGGCCACUAUAAUGCAUAGGAAAGGAAGGUUAAGAAAUGAAUUGUUGUUGUUUGGAUGUACCAUAGAAACACGUGCUAUUCAAUUUAUAUCCUCGUACCCUGAAGUUGAAAUUGGGCCAUUGGCACUUAAAUUAUCUGCUGUUCCUCAUCUUUCUGGAUUUGCAGUUGUGUUUAGGAUAGAUGAUGCUCUCCUAAUGAAUUUUAGAGACCCAUAUUGUAUACAAUGUGCUCAAAGAAUAAACUUCGGUUUACCCAGUGUAAUUGAAGAGCCGGAUUUUUUUCACGAUUCUUCUAGAGGUAUGGAUAUUGAUGAUGAUGGAAUGUCCAGUGUGGCUGUUUGUGCAUUGCUGGAACUGAGUGAUUCGGUGGCGGCUAUGGCCAAAGAUGAUCCCAUGAGUGUCGACGAUGGUAUGGAAGCAGCUUCAACUUCCAAGCAUGUAUGUGCCUGUUGUUGGGAACCUGUUGGAACAGCGAGUGCAAAUUUGGUCCUCUGUUUGGACUCCGGGGAACUGUACAUCCUUGAAAUUCAUUCAACGAUUGAAGGAAUCAGAUCUGAUCUCUCCGAGUGCCUCUACAGAGGUUUGCCCUGCAAGGAGCUUUUAUGGUUGAAGGGUGGUUUUGUAAUGGGGCUUGUAGAAAUGGGAGAUGGUUUGGUUCUAAAGUUGCAAGAUGGAGGCCUUGUGUACAAGAGCAACAUUCAGAAUAUUGCACCAAUCUUGGAUUUAGCUGUUGUUGAUGACCAUGAUGAAAAGAAAGAUCAAAUGUUUUCCUGCUGCGGUAUGAAUCCUGCAGGAUCAUUGAGAGUUAUACGUGCUGGUUUAAGUGUUGAUAAACUUGUGAAAACUCCUCCGGUUUAUGAAGGUAUAACUGGCACAUGGACAUUAAGGAUGAAACGGGGAGACCCUUAUCAUUCAUUUCUUGUAUUGUCUUUUGUUGAAGAGACAAGGGUACUCUCAGUUGGCUUAAGUUUUUGUGAUGUAACUGAUGCCACUGGUUUUCGGCCUGAUGUUUGUACCCUGGCUUGUGGUUUGGUGUCUGAUGGGUUGCUAGUUCAGAUUCAUAGGGCAGGUGUGAGAUUGUCUUUGCCCACUACAGCUGCUCAUGUGAGUGGUUGCCCCCACUUAAUACCAUUUUGCACCUCUUGGUGCCCUGAUAAUGUGUCUAUUAGUUCAGCUGCAGUGGGACAUAAUGUGAUUCUUAUAGUUACUUCUAACCCUUGCAUUUUGUUUGUUCUGGGCAUAAGAUCGUUGUCAGCCUAUCAAAAUGAAUUGUAUGAAAUUCAACAUUUGUCGUUGCAGCAUGAGGUUUCUUGCAUAUCUAUACCCGAACAGGAAAUCAACUUUGAGCAGCUUUCAUCAAAUUUUCAUUUUGCCAAGAAAGAUAAUCAAGACACCGUCUUUAAUGGAGAUGGAUGCCACAUGACUUUUGUGGUGGGUACCCACAUACCAUCUGUUGAGGUUCUCUCUUUUUCACCUGAUCAAGGCUUUAAGUUCCUUGCGACUGGGGCAAUUUCAAUAGACAAUGCACUUGGAACUCCUUUAAGUAGCUGCAUACCUCAGGAUGUUCGGCUUGUGUUAGUUGAUAAGUUUUAUAUACUUGCCGGCUUGAGGAACGGAGUGCUACUCCGGUAUGAGUUGCCUCAGGCCUCAGUUCUAUCUUCUUCCUCGUAUUAUCCAACAAAGCUUGGGAACUUCAGAUCUGUUCAGUUAGAAUUGAUUGCAUUUCGACGCUUCGGUAUAGCUCCUGUCGUUCUGGUUCCUCUACAGAAUUCGCUCAAUGCAGAUGUAGUUGUGCUUUGUGAAACGCCCUGGCUUUUGCACGUUGCAAGGCAUAGCAUUGUUUAUACAUCAAUCUCGUUCCAAGCCGCCACCCAUGCAACCUCAGUGUCGUCUUUUGAUUGCCCAAAUGGAAUUUUAUUUGUUGCUGAAUCCAGUUUGCAUUUGCUUGAACUGGGUCAUCGGAAAAGACUUAAUGUUGGUAAAUUCUCAAUUGAAGGAACUCCACGAAAGGUAUUAUACCAUAAAGAAAGUAAGACAUUGUUAAUAUUGAGGACCGGACUUCGGGACACUUCUUUCUCAUCAGAUAUUUGCCGUGUGGAUCCUUUUAAUGGAGUAAUGAUAUCAAAGUUCUCAUGCGAGCUUGGUGAAACAGCAAAAUGCAUGCAAAUAAUGAGAAUAGGAUAUCAGCAUCUAUUAGUGGUUGGGACUAGUCAGUGUCCUGGCCGGACUAUCAUGCCUAAUGGUGAAGCAGAAAGUACAAAGGGACGGCUUAUCAUAUUAAACUUGGACCAUACACAAAAUGCUUCUGAAAGCAGUUCAUUGACCUAUUACUCUAAUUUUUCAUCUCUUCUGAUUCCUUCCCCCUCGCAUGAAGCUGUUGGGCAUGCAGCUGAAAAGUUAUCAAGCACCAGUGUUGGUAGCAGUCCAGAUGAUUGGAGUAGUGAUGGAAUUCAAAUUGAAGAAAUGGAAGCGGGAAACUUCAGGGUGAUUUAUCAGAAUCAAUUGCCUGGUGCUGUUCUUGCUGUCUGCCCAUUUCUAAACCGUUAUCUAUUGGCUUCCUCCGGUAAUAUUCUGAACGUCUUCUGUUUUGUGACUGAUAAUCCUCUGCGGCUGAGAAAGCAUUCCAUGACCAAGACACGCUUUACCAUAACUUGCUUGAAUACAUGUUUCACUAGAAUUGCAGUUGGUGAUUGUCGCGACGGCAUUCUUUUCUACUCUUAUACAGAUGAUCUUAGGAAAUUGGAACAGCUUUAUGCUGAUCCCGUACAGAGAUUGGUUGCUGACUGCACUCUACUAGAUAUGGACACUGCUGUUGUCUCAGACCGUAGAGGGAGCAUCUCAGUUCUGUCUAAUGUUGAUGACUUAGAUGGUAGUGAGAGUCCAGAGAAGAACCUGUUAGUAAAUUGUUCCUAUUACAUGGGAGAAUCUGUCAUAAGCAUCCGCAAGGGUUUUUUCUCAUACAGACCCUCAUUAGAUGACUUGUUGAAUGAUUCUGAUGACACUGACAUAGCCUGCAAAUCUUUAAGUAAUAGCAUUGUGGCAAGCUCACUUCUUGGAAGUGUGCUCCUCCUUGUUCCUAUUACAAGUGAAGAGCACUAUUUGUUAGAGACUGUGCAGGCCAGGCUUGCUGUUUAUCCUUUGACUGCUCCUGUUCUAGGGAAUGAUCAUAAGGAAUUCCGUGGACGGCUCUCAAAGGUUGGAGUUCCCACCAUGCUUGAUGGAGACAUGCUCCUCCAGUUCUUGGAGUUGACUAGAAUCCAACAGGAAGCUGUGCUCUCUCUCCCCAGCUUUCACAGCACAAAUGCUUCUACUUCUGAUUCACAUCCUCCUCUCUCUGUGAAUCAGGUCGUUCAGAUAUUAGAAAGAAUUCAUCAUGCGUUGACCUGAAGGGUUGACUGAUCUUUCUGUCAACCCUUUCAUUGCUUCUGAGUCAAACCCAGAGUUAAAUUUAUUGCGGCUGUUAUUGGAUAUUACUAUGGCAACAUAAUGCAUUACAAACACAUGCAAUACAGAGUUGAGUUAGCAUCCUCUGUAUGAUCUGAAAAGAUAAGCUUGAAAUGGCAGAUUGUUGAUUAUUUAUUUUAAUUUGUAACAUUUUUUUUUUCCUUUUGAUAUGGUGUAUGUGCUGAUUACUAUUAGUUUAUUUCUAUUAAAUAAUGCAGCUGUU